AUGAAGUCCAUUCAAUGCCAACCUCUAUCUAUUUCAAUGUCUUCACCAUCAGUCUUAUUCGAGGCAUGCGCUGUCUGUGGCGGACCACCUUCAAGUAGACGAUUUGGAGCACUUGCAUGUUUCCGGUGUAAUGUGUUUUUUAGGAAUAUGCUAUUGAACAAACGAAAUAUCAGAUGCUCAAAAAACCCGGAAUGUGAAAUAGGAAUCAAAACUAGAUAUGCAUGCCAAGGCUGUCGAUUCAAAAAGUGCUUGAAAAGUGGGAUGGACCCAAAAGCCCUUAAACACCGAGACAAAAUUGGUCCACGCAGCCCGAAAAUGAAAAGCAAUAAGCCACAAUUUCAAAGUGCUGAGAUAGAUUUCAGAUGUCUACUUGAUCUUCAAAAAAGCCAAAAGUCUAAGCAUCAAUAUUAUAAUAAACCAAACCAAUAUCGGCUUGCAAAGCCUAGUGAUAUCAACUUGAUGCUCCGGAUUGGAUUUAUGAAUGCAACGGAAUGGGGAAAUUGUUUCAGACCAUUCCGAUAUUCUAACCGUUCUGUGAAGAAACGCAUACUUUCGGAGUUUGGGAUCGCAUCUGGUUUAAUUGAUCAAGCAUUCAAAACAGCCACAGAAACUAAUCAAAACGAAUGGUUAUUCAUUAAUAAUUCUUGUCUGAGACCGGAUGCGUUUUGUACUGUUCACAAUGAUUUUCUAAACACACUUAAACGUGAGCUAAGUCAACCGUUCCGAAUAUUGCAGCUGGAUUCUUUUGAAUGCGUGAUUUUGAAGACCCUAAUGCUAUUGACUCCUUCAUUCCCGGAACAAUCAAAGCUUCAGUCAACUCAAAAAUCGCGUGACAAAUGCACAUCCGAACUGAUGAAAUGUUGUCUGGCCAAAUUCCCAUUGAGUGGAGUGGAAAGAUUCGGUGAAAUAAUUUUACUGAUUGGCUCAAUCAGAACAACUGUAAAGGAGUUUCAUAAUCAUACGAAACGUUCUGAUCUUUAUAAUCCAAAUCAUUUUGAUAUUUUUGUAACUUCUUUUAUGCUUGCGUGAAUUUUUUUUGAAUUAGAAAUUCUAUGAAUAUUGUUCUAGAUC